AUACCCGGUUUCACUUUAUCUCUUUACCCCUUACCAUCGUGUACAACUUAUAAAUUGUCACGAAAACGCAUUUUCAAUCAUAUCGCCGGUACCGGAGUUACUCCCCCACCGUCUCCGAUCUCUCAGUCGGAAACUUGCUCUCUCUAUUGAUCUUAUUCUGUGGUAGAUGGCAGAUAAAGAGGAAGGGGAGGAAACAGCCCCACGAGGAGCUGAUUGGGAAGUCGUAUCACUAACAGCAUCAACAUAUGCAGCUGCUCCAAGCCCUGAUGUGAAAGUCAAAGACCCUAAAGAUGAUGAAAAGAGUGAAGUGGUUGACACAGAUAAAAGUGGAACUUCAGAUGCAUUGUUCAUGUCUGGUCAUUUUGUCUUCCCGCCAAGUCAGCAUGAGAAUCUACCACUGGAACGUGAAAAAACAGAGAUCGGUGAUGAUGACAAUGAUGAUGUUUCAGAAUCUAUUAAAGAAGAAGGGGAGAAAUCAUCUGCUAAAGAUGAAGACAACUGGAACAUAAGUAAAUUAACAGAGUCUUAUGGGAAAAGAUCAGAUUUUGAAGAUGCCACAACCUUGCCUGGUUUAGAAAAAGAGCAGAGUAUUUACAAUUCCGCCACGUUUCAUUAUGAACCAAACAUAGAUGAUGAAGAUAGAGUGUUGGUGGAUUCUGUUGAAUCUUCUGAUUCUUCAUCAAGUUCAGAUGUUUUGAAUGUUCCUAAACGUAUGGAAGAUGAUGAUGGAUCUGGGGUUCCAUAUGCAACAUGGUGGAAGAAACACGCUGUUUCUUUGUACUCUCAUGCAAAAGAGGCGAAUACUUUUUGGUCCAUUUUUAUUUCUGCUGCAGUUAUGGGGCUUGUGAUUAUUGGUCAUCAAUGGCAACAAGAAAGAUGGCAAGUUUUGCAUCAUAAGUGGCAUUCUGGGGUGUAUGAUGAGAAAUUUGGGAGGAUGUUGGGGCCUUUAUCCCGUAUUAAAGAAUCAAUAGUAGGUGGCAACAGGAGAGGAUUCUCGAUUAGAGGUAGCACCACAAGAGACCACUAAGCUAUAGUUAAAAACUGGAGGUGAAUGAUGAUGACGAAAAAUGGAAUGGAAGGAAAUUUGGUUUGGGCCUUAUAGUGUCUCUAUAAGAAAAUUCGAAGAAACCAAAACAAGCUACACUUGUUUGUUUAUGUCAUAUUUAAUAUUUAAUUUUUUUUUUAAUGUUUUUGGUGGGAAUCUUGUUAAUGAUGUGUAAAGAUAUGAUGAUAACAUUAUAAUUUUAUAAUCUUCGUGGUUUGGUCUAGUUUGCAGAUUUUGUAAAGGAUUUUUCAUUUGGAUUGCUAGCUAUGAUAUAUGUUUUUGUUGCGA